AUGGCGGGAACACAGGCGUUCUUAAAGUACUCUGUGCAGGAGCCUCGCCCCGUCCCCUUCAUCUGGCCACUUUGUCUCCCAGACAACGGAAACCACGCCGCCCGGGGUCUGAUCCAUCUGGCCCACAACCUCACAAUCCGAGUCAUCCAAUCCAAGCUUGCGACAGACCUGCUCGCCUCCUGGGCUGCAAUGAUGCGCAUGAUAUCCGAUGUCAUCCUUGAGCGCCGACAAUUCAAGCUACGUAACGUUCACCUCAUGGAGGGCGUCGUCGUGAACCUGACUAUUCAACUCCCCCAGCUACCUGUGUUGCCCUACUUGACAACACUCAAAGUCGACAGGGAGAACUGGUGGGACGUCAUGCACCUGUUUGCGAUUUUCAAGAGAUGUCCCAACCUCGAGGAACUCAUCAUCAAGCCGACUUGGACUGCCCGAUACGUCCAUGAUAACCUGUCUUCUCAACUGGACCUGAGAGAUGAAGACGCCCUUGUCAACGAGAUCCAAGCACCAAUGAUUCGACUCAGGACCUGUAUCCUUUACGAAAUGAUGGUCACCCUCCCCGCUCUGAUGGUAUCUCUUGAAACCUGCCCUCGACUAUCCGAUCUCAUGCUCAUUAACACUUUUCGCUUCAAUCGAAGCGACCAUAGGUUUAUCCAACUUUGGGACCAACAACCCAUCAUCAACCUAAUCGGCACACACUGUCCGACCCUCAAAAAGCUCCAUUACACCGCCCACGACAAGGUACUCACCGACCAGGAGAUCACCUCGAUCCUGGAACACUUUCCGGUCUUUGAAGAGUAUAGUUUCGCGGAUCGGGAUGUAGGACCGACCUUGUUGGCAGGAUUGAGAACGACUACCGAUCGAGGCACGACGCUUCAUCUCUACACUAUUCAAGCACACCAGCCUCAACGCCUGCCAACUCUGCGCGACAUCCUCUGUACGUGUGCACACUUGAUCCAUCUCAGGGCACUCAACAUGGAGUACUACCAUGAAGACAUGGACUUGAACGAUGUCCGCGGGCAGAACAUGUCCCGCUGGAACCUCUCGGGCCAUCGAAACCGAGACAAGGCAGGCGGUCCCAACCGCCAGCAUGUUUGGGCGUGUCGCGGACUCCGGACUCUGCACAUGACGGUCAGGUAUCGAUUGGCGGACAUAAACUCCUCGGAGAAUGCGCUGAUCAUGUUUGAUUCUUGA